GUAUUACGAUAUGUUUGCUUUAGUGAAGUUUCUCAAAGAAUUCGACAAGAACCGGCUUUACGUUGGGACUGCCAGUUCGAUUUUAGACUUUCAUCCUCGCAGCACAGAGGAUUUUAACAACAGGACUGUGUACUCGGUAUUCUGGGUUGACGAAGAGAACCACGAGAAUACGCGGGCCUACGAGGCCCAAGUUCUGCUGCUGGCCGAAUCCCGGGAGGUGCUGGAAAAUAAGAAGUCGACCAAGAGAGUGCCCAUGCCAAAAAUACAAAUGGAAGACGACAGUGAGGAUGAAAGGCCUAGUGCCAAGAAGCAAGACAAGCAGGUAUGCCAUGAGCUUAGGGUGCAGUUUCCUAUUAUCUCGUGACCUAAAGCUUUACCAACUCACUAUUUUUUACUGUUUUAUUAGGUAUAACAAAAGCGCAAAAUUGCGCAAGCAAAUGCAAAAACUGCAAACUAUAGUAGUAUUCUGGCAAAGCAUGUGCAAAAUGCAAAAAAAAAAGCCAGGGGUGAGUCAUGCAGCCAGCCCAAUCAACAAAGCCAUGAAAGUGUUUCUGUACACUGUGUAUUUGCAAGUGAUAAUCAUCUCAUUGAUUCAAUUUUUCAGAGCCUGAAAUCCAAUUGGGAGUGCAACAGUUCAUCAUCUGAGGAUGAAUCUCUGAUAUCCGAGUCAGAGCUGCAAAAAGAAAUAGCCAAAAAAAUGUAGAAAGAAAUAGCUCAAAAAUGAAAAAAAGAAUCAAAUCUUGCUGGAGCAAGUGGCAUCACUCCAGCGGUGCUUAGAAAGCAAAAUAUUUCAAGGUAAGCGUAAUCACCUUGGCUUGAACACACUGAAUAAUACAUACUGCCAGGAGUGUGUAAGAGAGACGCGCUCUAAGAAUCGUAUAUACUUUGAAGCAGGCAUGCUCAUAGUGUGUAAAUAUCGGCUGUGCAUUAAGUAUAUAGGUAUAAUUGGCAUGUACAGGCGCCGACAAAAGUAGUAUACUCCACGCAGCCGGAGCCGGAGCAACGGCAAACUGCAUCGCAACGCCAUCUACAGGCAGCAUCUGGGAUCACGUCUGCCGAUAAUAAAGGGCACCCGUUGGCUGUCUCGA